AUGGCGCCACGCAAAGGUAAAGAGAAGAAGGAGGAGCAGGUGAUCAGUUUGGGGCCUCAAGUGGCCGAAGGCGAGAACGUUUUUGGCGUUUGCCACAUCUUUGCCUCCUUCAACGACACCUUCGUGCACGUCACCGACCUCUCCGGGAAGGAGACCAUCUGCCGCGUGACGGGCGGCAUGAAGGUGAAGGCGGACAGGGACGAGUCUUCCCCCUACGCCGCCAUGUUGGCGGCGCAGGACGUGGCGCAGCGCUGCAAGGAGCUGGGCAUCACCGCGCUGCACAUCAAGCUCAGGGCCACCGGGGGGAACCGCACCAAGACGCCAGGACCGGGAGCCCAGUCGGCCCUACGAGCCCUUGCCAGAUCCGGCAUGAAGAUCGGACGCAUCGAGGACGUGACGCCCAUCCCGUCGGACUCCACGCGCAGAAAGGGAGGCCGUCGCGGACGCAGGCUGUAA